AUGCUGGGCAAGCUGGCUACUAACAUUCCUACUGUGUGCCCGGUAGCGCCGCCCAGACCUUACCUGGUCACUGUCCACGCGUCCUUUCUCCAAAUCCAUCUUGGCCCGCCCCCACUACGGCACAUACGUGCAUUCUCAACUAACACUACUGCAUCUUGCCGCCGGCAUAGGAGGAUUGGCAGAAGCAGUCAGCUCACGAAUGUGCCGAUCUACCGUUCUGGAUGA